CAAUAGUAGCAGUGCUUACUUACAAGUGCGGCAGCGCGUUGCUAGGGCUGAGGCGCUGGGCCAUCAUUCUCCCUCACGGAAAGCAAUCUUUACAACAACUGAUGCCAAGAUGGGGAUAGGACCAGGGAUUAUUAUCCUUGCUUUUAUUUGGGCUUUGUCUUUUCUGAUAUGUAAACUGCUAUCUCGGUCAGGAGGCAUGGUCAGCUGGCUUUCGAUUGUAUUGGUUUUCUUCCUGGCACUGAUAAUCACCAUGAUCCUCAUCUUUUUUCCUCGAGCCAAGGAAACACCUGAACCAGUGACUGACGAAGUGAUUUUCGACAAUUUCUUCAUUGGUCGCUACUGUCUCUUGUGUUUAUUGAUUGUAGCAUUUCUGGCGGGCUUGGUUCUACUAUUUCCUCAUUACAUUGUGGAACAGAGAGAUUCAAAACCCUUUCGAAGCUUCUGACAAGCAAUCCAGAAGGUCCCUGAACUCUAUCCGUGAAAGUAUUGUAACUUAACUAGAAGUUUCUUUCCAUGAAAACUAUGGAGUGGAUAUUGAAAUAUUUGCUGAGGAAUAAUAGAUAAGUAUUAAUUUAAAGGUCAAAUUCUCCUCUUUAAACAAAAAAAAAUCUAAAUGAAUUGCCUGUUUUUAUUUUUCUGCCAUUUCCCAGGGGUCUGUUGUUAUGUUCGAAUGGAAGUGAAAAGAUUUUCAUUGAAUUGAGCAACAUUUCAGUAAAAGAAGGAUUAGUAUUGAAGACAUGUAUCAAUUAGGAGAAAAUAACUAUAAAUUCAUAGAAAUGUCACCACAAAAUAAGGUAAUUUUUGGGAUAUACAAACAUUUUAUGAUCAGUUUUGCCCCUCUUUGUCUUCUGUAAAUCCAUGGAGAGUCUGAGUGGUCAUUGUCCUUCCAUACCAAGUGGUCACUUGAAACACUUGAUUCUGAACAAUCCUUGCUAACUGUAUUUGGGUAAAAUAGACAAAUCUCAUUUACUUUAUCCAAGGUUAACAUACAUUUUCAACCAGUGCCAGUGAAUAGUGAUCUGAUGUUGCCGUUCUAGCAGAUUUUUCUUUUAGCUCUGGAAUGGUGAACCAGAAGACCAGACUAGAAACCAUUCUGUUCAGUCUUUAAGAAUAUUGGAGAAAUGAGGGAUAUAUUUUGUUUCCUUCACUACUAAUUCCUAAUAUGUAGGUCAAAACAGAUGUGGAGUUGCAUAUAAAAUAUCAGAACAUAUGAGAUAGAUUAAACAGAUAUUCGUGUCUCAUCUUGCCUUCUCACAGCUGGAUUCUUAUUUACUUAUGAAAGUCUACCUAAGGGUUGAAUUUAGUGCUUCUAUAUAAAACCACAGAAAUUUUGCAAUUUUGGCUUCUACAGCUCUUGAUGCAGAGGCAAUAGAGCAGACAAGGCAGAUUUUCUCUGUUUGCCAACUGGUACCUAAGUAGAGGUAGUGGUCUGUGGCAGCAGUACAGUGCUAAGACAUAAAAUUAUUAUAAACUACAAAAUAAAAAAUUGUGUAAAAUAAUAGUUAAGGGCUAUCUGCUAGUUUAAAAUAACAAUUGAACAUACCAGAUUAAACAGAAGUAGACUCUUUUCACUAGAGGAGCUAUGUACUUUUAAAUGGUGUCCUUAACAUAGUAAAAUAUCCCAAGGCUCUGCAGGUAUAUGUUAAUAAAAUCAAUUGACACCAAAACAUGUGGUAAUUGACCAGAAGCUUGGUUAGAGGUAGAUUUCACAAGCACCAUAGAGACAAGUAAAGAGGUAGAGAAGUUUAAUGAGUGAACUCAUAAACUUGAAGACAUGGCUGCUACUGACGGAAUAGUUAAAAUUAUUGCCAUUCAAGAACAAGAUACCACAAAUGGUUGUAGAAUUAGAGAUUACAUAGACAAAAUUGCAUUAGGCCUGGAAUUACUUGAAAACACGGAUUAGAAUGUUAAGAUCAGGGUGUUGCACUAGGGGUAGAUAAAUUUUGAGAGACAAAAUGGAGAUCUACGCUGUUGGGAUUCUAUGAGUCUGAUUGAAGCACAGGUUGUUGUAACAUUUGAGAGUUGGGUUGCUGAAAAUAGUUAAGUAUAUAGAUGAACACAUGAAUUGCUUAGGCAUGGAGAACUAUGGGCAGAGUGAUUGGUGGUAGGAAUUAAUACAGAAAGGUUCCCAAUGGUUGGCAUGGAUGAAUUGAGCCAAUUGGCGUGUUACCAUGAAUUCUAUGAAGUAGAAAAUGCAAGUGGAUUGGAAUGGCUCAUGUGAACUGAUUGGGAUGAACAGCCUUGUUCCAUAUUCUAUUAAAAACAAAAUUCAUUUCUGCUUUCUAUGGGGAGAAGCAAACUAGCUUUACUGGAUAAUAAACACCAAGUACACUGCAGAUGCUGUGGUCAAAUCAACAUGUACAAACAAGCUGGAUGAACUCAGCAGGUCAGGCAGCAUCCAUUGAAAGGAGCAGUCAACGUUUCGGGCCGAGAUGUGUAGCUUUACUGGACGUUGUUUCCCAUGAACGAAGGGGGCUGUGCAAGAAAUGAUUGGUUCAACAACAUUGUGGAACCCACCAAUCAUCCCAAUCUUAAAAGAUUUUUCACAGCUAAUUAUUUAACAUGAUUUUGGAUACAUUGAUAUUUUUUCAGAUUUUAAGCAUAUUAUUUUGUAGUUACUAUAAAUGAUCAUUUUCUGGUAAAUGUACACUUUUAUGUAGCCAAAGCAGAAAUGCUAGAAGGACUCAGGCAGCCAAGCAGCAUGUGUGGAAAGAAAUCAGUUAAUGUUUUGGGUCAAUGACCCUUAACUACUCUGAGUUUUUCUUUCCAUAGAUUCUGUAGAUUCUGCUUGACUGGUUGAGUUUUAUCAGCAUUUCUGUUUUUGUUUUGGAUUUGAGUACCUGCAUUGAAUUUGUUUUCCAUACAGCUUUACACAUAUUUGUUAAAAAAAUUAAAACACAUACAAAUCAGUGCAUUUUGAAGUUUUUAAAUAAAAAAAUGUUUAAACUUCCA